AUGAACCGUCAUCAUCCUUAUGGAGGAGUUUACGAAAAUCCUGCCAACAGAAGGGGCGGCCCACCAGGGCCAGGGCCGGAUAGAUCUUACCAUCACAGAGGUGGGGCACCUCGUGGAAGAGGAUUUGGCCGUGGCCGAGGCGGCCAAGGUGCACCAGGUGGUCACUUUGGCAAUUACGAUGGCGGUGUCUCCAACACUUAUGAUCAAGGGCCGCCUCAAGGCGAUAUGGGCCUCUACAAUAAUUACGACUCUGGCUCGCAAGACCCCUUCUACCAGAACGGCAGUGGUAAUUAUGGUAGUGGAAUGCCCUCCGCUCAGUUCAAUACCCCAACCCAGUCAGAUGGUUACGCCCAGGGUUAUGGUAAUUAUGAAGACGGAUCCGACGCCAACUAUGACGAAGGUGGAUUUGGUAUGCGACCUCAGAGGCGAACUGUGCGUCGAGAACGGGAUGACAAAGUCCACGAUUCAAUAAUUGAAGAGCGAAUCCAACGCGAGCGUCCCUGUCGUACUUUGUUUAUACGCAACAUUAAGUAUGAGACGAACAGUGAGGACGUCCGUCGUUCAUUCGAAGAGCAUGGAGAUAUCAAAACCUUUUUCGAUCUCAUCGCAACGCGGGGAAUGGUUUUCGUGACUUUCUACGAUAUUCGCGCGGCUGAGCGCGCCAGAGAUCGUCUGCAGGGUUCUGAGAUAAGUGGAAGACCCAUCGAUGUUCAUUAUUCUCUUCCACGCGAUGACCAAAAGCAAGGUGGCGAUCGUGACAAGAAUCAGCAAUUUCAGGGUAAUCUAAUCGUCACACUCAAGGAGUCUGUUCAGACUAUCGACGAUAAUGAGGUCAGACGUAAAUUUCAACAGUUCGGAGACGUUAAGUCGGUCACGCCUGUCGGCGAUCGCGCUGAUCAGCGUUAUGUUGAAUUCUAUGAUAUCAGGGCUUGCGACGAGGCGUUCGAUCGUCUCCGACACCAAGGGUUGCAAGACGGAACCAUGGACAUCACGUAUGCAUGGGAGGAGUCUGAGAUUUCUGGUCCUCCUACUCAGCGCCGCGAGCAAAAAUUUGACGGUGGGCGAGACUGGGAUGAUGGUGGGCGCGGAUUUCGAGGUCGGGGUCGCGGUAGGGGUCGCGGUGGCGGUGGCCGAGGCCGUGGCUCAUUUGAGGAUUGGGACCGGCGUGAUGACUUUGGCAGGGAUCGUGAUCGCGGGCGCUUUGAAGAAGAUUACAGGGGUGGUGGGCGUGGUGGUGGUGGCGGUGGCGGUGGCGGCCGGGGUGGCUACGGAGACAGAUUUGAUUCCCACGGUCCUUUCUCGAGUGGGCUUGGCUCGGGUUCUGGUUCGUAUAACGAGCCAGCGAACGUCGCUACGUAUAACCAGCCCCCACCAGCAAUAUCUCAGUACAACCAGCCCCCACCAGCAACCACUCAGUAUAAUCAAACCCCGCCAGCAGCCCCUCAGUACAACCAGCCUCCGCCAGUGGCCGCUCAGUACCAUCAACCCCCGCCAUCAGUCAAUCAAGCUGGCACAGGAGAUCGAUUGGAGCAGGCUCGCAAAGUUCAACAACUGCUUGCAGCACUGAAACAACCCCAGAAUGGCACGGCGCCAUCUCCCACGAUGCAACAGGGACCGCCAGCACCAGCACCUCCCCCAAGCUCACUUGGAAUGCCCCCUCCACCCCCACACCAAAACUCAUACUAUGCACCACCCCCCGUUCAGCAACCCGCAGCGCCUUAUCCUCCUCCGCCUGGCCCCAGUGCUAACCCAUAUGCUCAGAUGCCUUCUCAGACACCCACUCCUCAGCCAGGGCAGAUGCACACUGGAAUUCCUAGCUUACCCCCGAAUAUCCUUGCAUUAUUACAACAGUCGCAGGGUCAGCAGGGUCAAGGCACUGCCCCCCAACAAAUGCAAUCGCAAUAUGGAAUGCCUCCUCCGCCACCUCAGUCAAUGAUGUCCCCACCUCCCAUGUCUAGCAUGCCACCUGGUGCCCCCCAGCCAGGAACUCCAAAUUACCAACAACUAAUGGCCAUACUUGUGAGUCGUAAGAUUCCCAAUGUGUACUCAUACUGA